CGUAGUACUUCAAACUGGACAACGCCGUGGUCAGGUUACCCUUUGACCGGUACCCACCUCGAGCCCCCCUUGGUCGAAAGCCUCAGCAAUGCGUGCACCAACCCCACAAUUAUCUCUUAUAUCCUCUGUACCUUCGAGCAGGAAACCUUCGUUCAAGAAAAGAAAGCUCAGCCAUUCCCAGUCAUCCACACGCCACGACACAGGCUCAUGUCCCUCGAGGGCAGAACAAUAUUCUACGACACCAAAUGCACAUAAAGCUUCGACCUCAUCAUGCUCCUCAUGCCACCGUUUGUUAUCUGCAUCGAUGAGGUAUGGUGCAGGCGCAGGUGCAGGUGUGACUUGCGCAAGAUGUGGAUCAACUGUAUGUGCUGUCUGUGCCCGUACAUGCUCCUCGAUGAUACGACCAUCAUCGUUCCCGCCAACGCCGGCAUUAACACGCAGUCCUUCUCUGACUGCGUCACCAUCACCGUCACCUUCAGGAUCUCCCAGACGAGUCGCAUUGAGCCUAAGCAUCUCUACAAUGAACUGCGAUAUACACCUCACCCCCUCUUCUAAGAGGAAAAAGCCCUCAGAAAAGGAUGACGUCGAUGUAGACCAUCCUUCGAAAUCUCGGGGCUCGCUUCUAGGGCUAGACGAUGGAGCAGUCCUUGUUCCUGGAUGUGGACGACCUAUUUGCAGAACGUGCUGCGUGGAAAGUGUUCAGAAUGAUGGGACUCUUUGUGUGGAUUGUUACGCCGUUGUUUGAAACGUGCUCUAGGAAUCAGGAUAGGGAACAAUUUAAACAUGAGGAGCCUGUCACGCUCAACCGACAUAAUCUGCAUCUUCAAUACUAACGCUCUAUUUGCUUUCCUUGUUACUUACAUUAUUGGAAGCCACAGUGCCUAGAUUCCUCAUAUUGUAUACUAUGCACUCAUUGUUCUAUGUUCGUCAGAAUUCAUGCACUGCAUGCUAUA